CACAGGAAGCUCUACGACUACCUCCUUCCACUCACUUUGUCCUCGAGCAUCACCACGGUCAGCAUGACGAUUCGUGCCAAAAGGUUCACGCCAGAGGUGCUUCUCAGCGCUCCUCGCCGUUCUGCAGGGCUGCCGAACUUGGACGCUUCCAAGGUCCUGUAUACUACUUCAACGUAUAACUUUGAAAAGCACGAGGGAACUUCUGAGGUCCGUGUGCUGGAUGUCGAAGCUCAAGAGACUUCCCUUGUCACCGGUGCUAAAGGGUCGAGCGAGCCGCAAUGGCUUGACGACAAGACCAUCUUGUUGCUGCACGAGCAGAAGGACGGGACUACGCACGUGAAGGUCGGGCCAGCUGAUAACUUUUCAAACAAUGGCUACGUCGCUGGCAGCAUCCAAGGACCAGUCGGCAAUCUGAAGCUGGUACCUAUCGGGGAUAACACCUAUGGUGUUGCCGUCACAGGAAAGGCGCAACCCAACGGUGACUUGUUCAAUCCAGAAAAAGCUUCGAAACCACGUACCACCGGCCGUCUGUAUACGUCGUUAUUUGUGCGCCAUUGGGACCACUACGUUACCGAAAACCGCAAUGCCAUCUUCUUGGGUACACUUUACAGAGAAAACAACAAGUUUAAGCUGUCUAAGCUUGUGAAUGCGCUUAAAAAUUCGGGGCUCGAGUCUCCAAUCGAUCCUUUUGGUGGUAGUGACAAUUUCGAUAUCUCGAUUCAUGGUCUUGUCUUCACUGCCAAAGAUCCAGCCCUGAAUCCCGCAACGCAUACCAAAACCAACAUAUACCUCUCUGCGUCCAAGAACUUCUGGCUGGACAUUGUGAAUGGCCUUCCCCAGUUCUUUGAAGUUCCAAUCUAUAACUUCGCAGGGGCCAGCUCCAGCCCGGUGUGGGAUAAUGAAGGAAAGAGCAUAGCCUUCUUGUCAAUGAAGACCGACGGUUAUGAGUCUGAUAAGAACCAGCUCUUCAUCAUCCCCGAUUAUGUCAGCCCCGGUUGGGUACAGCAUAUGUUUCCUGGAAGUACUGGAAAAGGUGAUUGGGACCGAAGCCCACAGUCAAUCACUUGGGGUGACAAGACGUUAUAUUUGACAGCCGAGAAGGAAGGUCGUAUGAGCCUGUUCGCAGUCGAGACAAAUGCCUUGCAGGACGGGAUUAAUUCGAAGUCACCAACCCUGGUCGUUAAUGGUGGUUCCAUCAACAGUGUCAAAGUGUUGGAAUCGGGCGCUCUCUUCCUUUCUUCGAGUACACUCAUCGACAACAGCUUGUAUUCGCUGAUACCAUCUGACUACAAGACAAAGACUUUGCAAGGGAAAGACGCGUACAACCUUCCCGAAAGUGAUGUCCCCGUCAAUUCUAAACCGGGAGAGCUUUUUGCAACAUAUGUUUCCUCGAACAGCCGUAGCGGUUCCUCGUUCGGACUUUCGCGUCGUCAAGUGGAUGAGAUUCGUUGGCCCGGUGCAACGCCCAACGUCGAUGUCCAUGCUUGGGUGGUCAAGCCUUCCUCUUUUGAUCCGGACAAGAAAUAUCCACUAGCCUAUUUGAUUCAUGGUGGACCUCAAGGAGCCUGGACAGACAGUUGGAGUACGCGAUGGAAUCCUGCCAUCUUCGCUGAGCAGGGCUAUGUUGUCGUCUGCCCCAAUCCGACGGGUAGCACGGGCUAUGGCCAAGAUUUCGUCGACGCUAUUGCGGGCCAGUGGGGAGGUCUCCCCUAUGAAGACCUUGUAAACGGCUUUGAAUACAUCCAGGAUAAUCUUUCAUAUGUUGACACCCAGCGUGCUGUUGCCUUGGGAGCUUCUUACGGUGGUUAUGCAGUAAAUUGGAUUCAAGGUCACGAUCUUGGGCGCAAAUUCAAAGCCCUUGUGACCCACGACGGCGUUUUCAGCAUGACUAGCCAGCUCGCGUCCGAGGAGCUUUACUUCCCCUUCCACGACUUGGGUGGGCCUCUCUGGAGCAAUGCCUCCUCGUGGGCAGAAUGGGAUCCCUCGCGAUUCUUGGACAAUUGGGCAACGCCGCACCUAAUCAUCCAUUCUGAGCUCGAUUACCGUCUCACCAUGAACGAAGGACUCUCGGCUUUCAAUGUGCUGCAGACAAAGGGUGUCCCUAGCCAGUUUUUGACUUUCCCCGACGAAAAUCAUUGGGUGCUCAAGCCUGAGAAUUCUCUCAUGUGGCACGAGGUUGUGCUGGACUGGAUCAAUUCGAAUGUGGGAUUGCCCAAAUACACGGAGAAUAAGGAUGAGAAUGACGUGGAGAACGCGAAUUGA